ACAGGGUGACCAACAGGGUGGGAAGGCCUCCCAGGCUUCCCAGCCUUCUUCAGGAUCCUUGUGUUUGCCUUGGACAGGCUGGCCUUUGAGUAACCUCUGCUGACCUCAGAACUAAAGCCACACCUUCGGGCACCAGGACCUGGUCAUUCCACAAACAGUGCAGCCAGCUCCGGUGCCAAAUGAGAAUGAGAAGGUUCCCUCAGAGAUAUGGAGGCCGGAGAAGAAACCCAGGCCAUGGACAUCAGCCCCAUGGAGCAGGAGGCCGCAUCCCCUGAGGCCCCAGCCAUAGAGGAUCCCCCAAGCCCACCCAGAGAAGAUGUGAGUCCACCCACAGUGCUAGCACCCCCUGAGUCCCCAGAAGGUCCUGAAGAUAUGGGGGCGCAGGAGUUGGAGAUGAGGCCCCAGGAUGAAGAGAAAGAGGAAAAGGAAGAAGAGGCAGCUAUGGCCAGUCCCUGGAGUGGGCCAGAGGAGCUGGAGCUGGCACUGCAGGACGGGCAGAGGUGUGUGCGGGCCCGACUGAGCCUCACUGAGGGCCUGUCCUGGGGCCCAUUCCAAGGGAGCAUCCAGACCACAGCCUUAUCCCCUGAGCAGGAAGAACCGGGCCGGGCUGUGACCCUGCUGGUGGAUGAGGCCUGCUGGCUAAGGAUGCUACCCCAGGCCCUAACUGAAGCUGAAGCCAACUCAGAGAUCUACAGGAAGGAUGACGCCCUCUGGUGCAGGGUCACCAAGGUGGUACCUUCUGGUGGACUGCUACAUGUGCUCCUUGUGACCGAGCCCCACAGUACUCCCAGACACCCCGUGCAGGAGCCAGCAGAACCUGGAGGCCCAGCUCCAGUGCACACAGACAUCCAGUUGCUGCCCCAGCAGGCUGGCAUGGCGUCCAUUCUCGCCACUGCGGUCAUCAACAAAGAUGUCUUCCCCUGCAAAGACUGCGGGAUCUGGUACCGUAGCGAGCGGAACCUGCAAGCCCACCUGCUCUACUACUGCGCCAGCCGCCAGCGUGCAGGCUCCCCUGCCUCGGUGACUGAGGAGAAGCCCAAGGAGACCUACCCCAAUGAGCGUGUCUGUCCCUUCCCCCAGUGCCGAAAGAGCUGCCCAAGUGCCAGCUCGCUGGAGAUCCACAUGCGCAGCCACAGUGGAGAGCGCCCCUUCGUGUGCCUCAUCUGCCUGUCCGCCUUCACCACCAAGGCCAACUGUGAACGCCACCUCAAGGUGCACACGGACACACUCAGCGGUGUCUGUCACAACUGUGGCUUCAUAUCUACCACAAGGGACAUCCUCUACAGCCACCUGGUGACAAACCACAUGGUGUGCCAGCCAGGCUCCAAGGGUGAGAUCUACUCGCCAGGGGCUGGACACCCAGCAGCCAAACUUUCUCCAGACGGCCUGACAGGCUUCCAGCAGCACUCAUUGAUGCAUGGUCCCCUGGCUCCUGCUGAUAAGGCACCCACCCUAUCCUCAGGACUGGACAGUAAGGCCUUAGCCGAAGUCACCAAUGGAGAGACUAGAGUGCCCCCCCAAAAUGGAGGCAGCAGCGAGUCCCCCGCAGCCCCCAGAACCAUCAAGGUGGAGGCUGCAGAGGAACCCGAAGCAGCCCAUGCCUCAGGUCCGGGAGAGCCAGGUCCCCAGGCUCCUUCUCGGACACCUUCACCGCACAGCCCAAUUCCAGUCAGAGUGAAGGCAGAACCGUCCAGCCCCACGCCAGGCUCCAGCCCGGGGCCUGGAGAGCUAGCAAUGGCCGGGACGCUUUUUCUGCCACAGUAUGUGUUCGGUCCGGACGCGGGUUCGACCACCGGCUCCGCAACGCCACAGGCCUCAGAGAUCCUGGCCAAGAUGUCCGAGUUGGUGCACAGCCGGCUGCAGCAGGGCACAGGGAAUUCCGGGGCAGUGGGAACGCCUACCGGCCUCUUCCCCGGGACUAAGGGCGCCACGUGCUUUGAGUGCGACAUCACCUUCAACAACAUUAACAACUUCUACGUGCACAAGCGCCUCUACUGCUCCGGCCGCCGCGUACCCGAGGACACUCCCGUUGUGCGCAAACCCAAGGCAGCCCCGGGGCCGGCCCGCGCAACCCCAGGAGCAGCUGCAGAGGCAGACCCACAGCGCUCGUCGCCGGGGCCCGGGCCGCGAGAGGAAGAGGCGGGUGGCGCGACCACUCCAGAGGCCGAGACCGCUGGCCGGGGCAGCGAGGGCAGCCAGAGCCCGGGCAGCUCGGUGGACGAUGCGGAGGACGAUCCCAGCCGCACGCUGUGUGAGGCCUGCAACAUCCGGUUCAGCCGCCACGAGACCUACACUGUGCACAAGCGCUACUACUGUGCCUCGCGCCACGACCCACCACCGCGCCGGCCACCCGUACUCACACCGGCCCCGGGACCCGCGGCGCCGGCGCUGACGGCUCCGCCUGUGCGCACGCGCCGGCGACGCAAGCUGUACGAGCUACCCGGAGCCGGUGCUCCGCCUCCCGCAGUAGGCCCCGCCCCUGUGCCUGUUGUCCCCGCCCCCACUACGGAGCUGCCCUCCCCUCCGAGACCCGCGAGCGCAAGCGCCGGCCCCGCCCCCACGCCCUCGCCAGGCCCGGUGCCCGACGGCCCCAUAGACCUGAGCAAGCGGCCCCGUCGCCAGACUCCGGAUCCUCCUGCCCCUUUGCCCGCCCUGGCCGACUACCACGAGUGUACCGCGUGUCGCGUAAGCUUCCACAGCCUCGAAGCUUACCUGGCUCACAAGAAAUACUCGUGCCCCGCUGCGCCUUUGCGCACUGCCGCCCUCUGCCCCUACUGCCCGCCCAACGGGCGCGUGCGCGGCGACCUGGUGGAGCACUUGCGCCUGGCGCACGGCUUGCAGGUAGCCAAGCCCGCGGCCUGCUCGGGCGCGGAGCCCCGCACGCCCGCUGAACGUGCUCCGCGUGACAGCCCCGAGGGCCGCGCGCCAUGCUCCCCAUCCCCAGGUCCUGAGAACACGCCUUCUGACCCCACAGAUCAAGGCGUGCGGACACCCUCCAAGGGCCCGACCGUGUCUGCGCCCGCGUCAGGUGGUGGUGGUGGCGGCCACCGCUACUGCCGCCUGUGCAACAUCAGGUUCAGCAGCCUGUCCACCUUCAUCGCACACAAGAAGUAUUACUGCUCCUCUCACGCCGCCGAGCACGUGAAGUGAGCCUGCGGGGCCGCACCGCCUGGACCCUUGGCACUUAAUAAAGACGUUCGGUGUGACAAACAA